GAUAACUGGGACAACUCACCGCAAAAGAUGAUUCAAUUCUUUAAUACUAAGCAAAUACUAGUUGUAGGCCAGUUGCUCAUUCAUACACUAUAAUUAUGUGCAUGAUAUGCACCCUAGAAAGUGGCAGGAAACUCAUCUCGUCAGCAUUUGCUUGAGACCCUGGCCCUACUCUCCCCACUCCCACCAAAUCCAAAUCUAUAUACAAUUAACAAGCGGUAACAACCAGCAUCAAUUGUGAAAUGUUAGUAGUAAAUUUUUUUAUUAGUUUAAGUAAUCACAGUGGAUGAUGAUAAUUACUGUGUGUUUCCUCUCAUGAUUCCACCUAAUCCCCUUAUCAAUCUUUACUUCUUUUUCUUUAACUGGAAACCGUUUGAUGUUGAUCAACUGUCUCAGAAAAGUUUGACGGUGACGCACUCUCUCUCUCUUCUCUUCUCUUCUCUUCUCUCUCUGGAGCCAAUGAAGAAAGCACAAGAAAAGAGAAAUAAUAGUUUUUUUUUCUGUGUAGAUUGAAUUCAUUUUUGUCUGGUUUUUUUGACCCAUUUUAUUCUUUGUUUAUUCUUCAAUCAACUCAAAAAUUGACUUGCCAUUCCACAGCCAAAGAAAAGACCGUCUUUUUUUUUUUUCAUCAAACAAAGAGCACCCAAAGUUUGUGUCUUUCCAAAAAGGAAUUACACCCAUCGGUAAAUAGCCGAUCAAAUUUGAUUAGUUUUAUUUCAUCUUCUAUGGAAUUGGAUAGCAUUGAUUGCAUGACAUCUUCAGAUGUGAUUGAUGAUGAUGAGAUCCAUCAUCAUAAUCAUCAUCACCAUCAUCAGUUGCCUUCGUUGUCGAAACCCCAUGGCAACAAUGGCAACAACAACGGUACUACUUUGUCAUCAGUGGUUCACCCAGGCACCACCAGUGUCCAUGAACUCCUUGAAUGCCCUGUUUGUACCAAUUCUAUGUACCCUCCUAUCCAUCAGUGCCACAAUGGGCAUACCCUCUGUUCAACCUGUAAAACAAGGGUACACAAUCGGUGCCCCACUUGUAGACAGGAGCUUGGUGAUAUUAGGUGUCUAGCACUUGAAAAGGUAGCUGAAUCACUUGAACUGCCUUGCAAAUAUACAUCGCUUGGAUGCCCAGAAAUCUUUCCAUACUACAGUAAACUCAAACAUGAGGCCCUAUGUAACUUCAGGCCAUACAAUUGCCCAUAUGCUGGAUCAGAAUGUGCUGUUGUUGGUGAUAUUCCAUUUCUUGUUGCUCAUCUAAGGGAUGACCACAAGGUGGACAUGCACUCUGGAUGCACAUUUAACCAUCGUUAUGUGAAGUCUAAUCCUCGGGAAGUGGAAAAUGCCACGUGGAUGCUAACUGUAUUCCACUGUUUUGGCCAGUACUUCUGUCUCCAUUUUGAAGCCUUCCAGCUUGGGAUGGCCCCUGUUUAUAUGGCAUUCCUUCGAUUCAUGGGCGAUGAGAUUGAAGCUCGCAACUACAGUUAUAGCCUAGAAGUCGGUGGGAAUGGCAGGAAACUCAUUUGGGAAGGCACCCCAAGAAGCAUAAGAGAUAGCCAUCGAAAGGUUAGGGAUAGCCAUGAUGGCCUUAUUAUACAGCGUAACAUGGCGCUUUUCUUCUCUGGAGGGGAUAGGAAAGAGUUGAAGCUGCGAGUAACGGGACGGAUAUGGAAAGAGCAACAAAACCCAGAAGGUGGUGCCUGCAUACCCAACCUUUGUAGUUAAAAUGUCCAGUUUGGAUCCCUGCUGCACAACCAAUUAUAAUGUUUGCUGCAUAUUCUUGUAAUACUAAUAGUAGCCUGCUGUUAUUGUUGAAGAUUCUGGAAUUCUGUAUGGAUAUUGAAGGCUUAAUCCUUUUCUCAAUUAACAAUAAGCUUCCCAGCUCUUUUUAUAGCCUCAAAACGAAAGUUCUAUAUGGUCUGCAUAAUAUUGUAAAUAUUAGAAAUGCAGUCUAAAUGAAAUCAUCUAUCAAUUCCCCUUGCAAAAGCCAAUCUUCUCUCGAUGAGAAAUUUUGGUUUAGUAAACAACUAAAACUAUGGAUUGUGUUGAGUGACGUCACACUCUCAGAUUAGAAAGUUAGGCAUUCUUACGCAACUUAUCCAUUAGAGGCACUGAGAUCUUGGCUUCCAUCUUGCAAUUUCUGCUGCAUCCUUGCUUUCCCUGACAACUAAGCUGCUGAUAUGUCAGUUCAACUGUCCGUGGCCUAUAGGGUAACCGAAAGCCUUCCUCUUUGUUUCUUUAUC